GCUCCGUUCAAGAUGGAAACUGCUCAGGAACGCAAACCAAAAAGGCCACACUACAUUCCCCGGCCGCCAGGCAAGCCCUUCAAGUACCAGUGUUUCCAGUGUCCUUUCACCUGCAAUGAGAAGUCCCAUCUCUUUAACCACAUGAAAUACAACUUGUGUAAAAACUCCAUCUCCCUGAUGUCACAGAAAUGCGGGCCGACGGCCCGACAGGCCAAGGCUGUGGCAAAAGAAGUCCCUUUAAAAUCAAAGGAUUGUCCAAGCCCCACACCAGAAACUCUGAAAAACAGCCCUGAGAAAGGGGGAGCCGAGGAGAACAGAGCUGAGAGCAGAGACGACACUGAAGAAGUAGAAGAAGUAGAUGUCGGGCGUGAUAGUCCGUUCAUUAAGGACAGCAGUCUGACAAAAUCAAAUACAGACACAGAGAGAGAGAACAACGAGAGCAUUGAGGCCAAGUCUCUACCCCGCCCUUCUGCCUUCUAUGCUGUCACACCCAAAAAUGACAGCACAGAAGCCUUCAAGACACCUGUGCAGCAGUCAGAAGAUUCACCAGCUUCUGUUCCCUCUUUCAACCACCCAGGCUUCUCAUGGGGAAAAAUUUCAUCAUCUCUCCCCUUGAAACCAUUCCCUCCUCCGAUUGUUCCAGAAUACUCCCCUUAUCUCCUGCCUGAACGGUCGCUGUACCCACCAUACUACCUCUCAGGAAACCAUAACGUCAGUGAGUCAAACUCAUCUUCUUUACAACCACAGUUCCUGGAUCCACAGAGGCCUGUAGUACCACAACCAAUUGCUCCACCUCACCUCUUUCCCCCGUACCCAUACAGAUACUGCCAACCUCUUAGUGCAGGCCCCCCUCUACAUUACACCCUGUACAGACCCCAUGAGCUUUCUAUGGCAAUUACAGGACCCAGAUAUAUACCUUUGGAGUUGUACGGCCCAACACUUGGGCCUAAAGAUUAUGAAAUAUACAUGCAUUCACAUCCCAGCUACAACAGCCUCAACACAUCCACACAAGAAGAGAAGAACCAUGUGCAAAGCGGAGACAAGGAAACCAGGCUAAGUCCUAAAGAGGGCUGUUCAGCCUUGGGGUCCCCUGACAGACCAAGUCAUGCCCACAUAAUCCAGAGAGAUGCAGAUGGUCGCCACCACACCGACAUAGGUAUGUCACAGACAACCACCCAAAUAGGACACACAGAUAAUGCUGUGCAACCCACUGAACCUGACGAGAGACGCGAGGAGUCUGCAGAAAGCUUGCUGCAGUUAAGAACCCUACAUGUAAACGGAGGAUCACCUGAGAGUCGCACGUGUCCCCCUAUGUCAGUCUCUGAGCCUUUUCCGCAGACAACAUCAGAAAAGAAUACUGAGGCCAGCAGAGAAGAUCUGACACCUCUCAACCUCUCGAUGAGAAAUCAGGAGAGAGAAAACAGUUCAUCUGACAGUAGACUGAGGUGCUCUGACAUCGAGGAAUUAAAGUCAGCGGAUACACCUCUGAACCUCAGCCUGCGUGCCUCUUGCAAUAGCCCAGCAUGUGGCUCUGCCCUGGGCACUUCAGAGGACCCUGAGCUGGGGUCAGACGCUGAGCAGGAAGAGGAACCAUUUGACCAAAGGCAGACUGCAGCACUAGCGCUGUGUCAGCUAGCCAUCGCAAGCUCUGCUGCCUCGUCAUGUGACUUCAGCACUGCAGAUGAGCUCUCAGAGGCUAAAAGGCCUGACUCUCCAAAAAAGACCAAACACAUAACUAAGACUAAAGCAACCGGCAUGAAAAGAGCAAGUAGUGGUCAGGCUGAAAGCAACUGCCAUAAACAAAAAAAGAGAGCAAAAGCAGCAGGGCGUGCUCUGAGGAGGAGGCCUCGAUGCUGCUAACAGCUGAACUCUGACUCUUUGUACAUUUGGUAAUAAGGACAGAAUAUUUCCAACCUUUAUUGCUGCAAGCCUGAA